AUCCAGAAGCUAGCAGCGCAGCAUCUCUUCACCAUUCAAGAAGCUAAAAGCUAACGUUAGCAGUUUAAAAGCGCUACUAUUUUUCAUUCAGCACUUCAUUCAUUUGUGUUUUUGAGGAGAGUGUGCUUCGCAUUAAUUCCGAACAGUCAUGGCAGCGGAUUGGUUGGGCAGUUUGGUGUCAAUUAACUGUGGGCCAACACUGGGAGUCUAUCAAGGAGAGGUGGUGUCUGUAGACCAGUCCAGCCAAACCAUCUCCUUAAGGCAACCUUUCCAUAAUGGAGUCAAGUGCCCUGUUCCCGAGGUCACAUUCAGUGCCAUUGACAUAAAGGAACUAAAGAUUUUAGAUAUCAGGAAUGGCAAUACUAGGAACAACUCCUCCACAUCUACAAAGAUAAGCAGUGCUCCAGUUGCAGUCCCAAAAGGUGACCCCAGGUCUGUGGAGAAACUCAACUCUCCUCAGCACUGCUCCAAAAGCUACGGAGAACGUCACCUGGACAUACCUGGUCAGCCAAAAGCAUUUCGACGAAGACACAACUCCUGGUCAUCCAGUAGUCGAGGGCCAAACCAAGCAACACCGAAAAAGAAUGGUUUGAAGAAUGGUCAGAUGAAGCACAGAGACGACGAGUGUUUUGGGGAUGGCAUGGAUGACGGGCUGGAUACAGACUUUGACUUUGAAGGAAACUUGGCUCUUUUUGACAAAGCAGCAGUUUUCUCAGAAAUUGACAUAUCAGAGCGCCGGAAUGGUGCACGGUCACGUGGGACACCUCAAGAGCAGACACCCACACGGUAUCGUCAUGAUGAAAACAUCCUGGAGGCCAAACCUAUUGUGUACAGACAGAUUACUGUACCGCAGCCUGGGGCCAAAGAGUACUGCACUGACUCAGGGCUUGUUGUACCCAGUAUAUCCUAUGAAUUACACCAGCGUUUGUUGUCAGUCGCUGAGCGUCAUGGUCUCUCACUGGAGCGAAGACUUGAGAUGACUGGAGUGUGUGCAAGUCAGAUGGCACUUACGUUGCUGGGUGGGCCCAACAGAUUUACUCCGAAAAAUUUACACCAGCGUCCCACAGUGGCUCUGCUGUGUGGCCCUCAUGUUCAGGGAGCUCAGGGCAUCAGCUGUGGUCGUCACCUGGCCAACCAUGAAGUGGAGGUCAUCCUGUUUCUGCCCAAUUUUGUCAAGAUGCUGGACUCAGUCACAAACGAGCUCACACUCUUCAACAAGACUGGUGGCAAACAAGUGUCAAAUAUCAAAGACCUUCCAGACACCCCGGUGGAUUUAAUCAUAAACUGCCUGGACUGCCAUGAGAACACAUUCCUGAUGGAUCAGCCUUGGUACCGAGCAGCUGCUGACUGGGCUAACCAGAACCGAGCACCAGUGCUCAGCUUAGACCCUCCUGCUAGUGGACAGGGGCAGGCGGUCGAGGCCAAGUGGUCCCUCUCUCUUUGUCUCCCUCUUGCCUUGGCUGAGGGGGCUGGCAGCGUUUACCUGUGUGACAUAGGUAUUCCUCGCCAGGUGUUCCAGGAAGUGGGAAUCAAGUACCUGUCCCCUUUUGGCUGCAAAUUUGUCAUCCCCUUGCACUCUGCAUAAUGGGACUAAUGGUCUUCAUGACAAAUUGAAUCUUUCACCCUCCAUGACCAUUUGGGUUUUGGCGCCUUAUAUUCUAGAGUCCAUCCAUUAAGUUUCUAACUCAUCAACAUGUGAAUGGGACCACCGUUUGGUGCAUUAGUUCUACAAGGACUAAGUUCAUAUGGAUAGAAUAGGAAAGAGCUUUAAUACAAACUAAAUUUGUUGACCAUCAGAGGCUUCAGCCACUAUGUAGAUAGCUUUGUAUUGACAUAUUACAAGAUAUUUGGAAGAUAGAUUUUUUCAAAAACACAGCUGAAGUGUCAAAAAUAAUACCACAGUGUUUAGUUUUAGAUUGAAUAGGACAAUCUCUGACUUUAAGUGGAAAAAAAAAAUCUCAUUCUCAUUGUAAUCUAACCUAAUUCCAAAGUCAUCUGCUGAAUAAACUGAGAUCCACCAUAUAAGACACAA